GUUCUCUCUGGAUGACCUGCUUACCAACGUUAUGAUCUACUGGACUUCAAGCUGCAUCGUUUCUUCAAUGAGGUUCUAUAAGGAAAACUUUGGCAAAGGUCUGGACGCGCCCCAUGCUAAGAUACCGGUCUUCGUUCCGACGGGSUUCGCCUGCUUCCCCAACGAGCUGAUGCAUACGCCCAAGCUUUGGGUCAAACAGAAAUACCACAACCUCGUCAGCUUUUCUCCCAUGCAGCGUGGCGGCCAUUUCGCUGCCAUGGAGGAGCCCCGGCUGAUGGCGGAGGACAUCCAGCAGUUCACAAGAUCAGUGGAGGAGAUGAUGAAGAAGAAGAAGGAGUAGAAGGUUGAUGGAUAAGAUGCCAAAUGUUUUCUCCUGCAUUUAGCCAAGAAAGGAGGUGAUUUUUUYCCCCUUAGUGGAAUCAGAACAUUUUAGUGGAUUAGAAUAACAUAUAUUUGGGACAUGUAAUAUUCAAAUAUCCACACACAUCACACACCUAGCUGGCAGAUGAAAGCACCUAAAUAACUAGAGGCAACAUAUUACAGUUAAUUGUUGCAUAAAGCAUGUUUUUCAGAAAUUUUUUUACAUAAAUCAUUAUUUCUGAAUUUUUUCUGUUCUCCUUCAAUGACGGAGUAAUAAAACUGACUGGUUUUAGAGAUGGUUUGUGCUGGCAGUCCAGCUGUUUAAUGAAUAUCUAGGCACUUCAUUCACUACAGCCUGGAGUGCUGAAAAGAGAAGAGUGAGCAGCUGCAGAUGGGAUGUCAGGGGGMAGCCAGUGUUAUUGUGUUGACAGCAUAGACAAGGUGCCAAGCAUUCCUCUGACUGAUAGCAGAAGACCUCCACACUCAGGCCACAGCCGUGAUAACACUUGCUGACCAGUCAGGUUUAAUAUUCAGCCAUGUUGCCAUUUAGACACAUUUCAAUCUUCCUGGAGUCAAAUAGGAGUGGCUCUUACUUUACUUUUACUUUUUAUUAUUUGACCAGGAAUUAGUGAUGCAAGUAAUUGAUUAAAGGGGCCGUAUUAUGCAAAAUGUACUUUUUUUUAGCYUUAUAUCAUGUUAUUGUGUUAUACUCCCUUACCAAACCA